CUAAUGAAGAAGAAAUAUUUCGAGGCAAUGGCUUUGCACUGAAAUUAUUAUACGCAUUCACUAAAGUUCACGGUGGGGAAUAUUUACGAGAAACGCUUCAGCCGCCCAUAAAUGAUUUACUAUCGAAACCUGAGGAUUUUGAUUGUGACUUGAAUCCGGGAAAAUAUACACCUGCUGAAAUUGAAAGGAAUAAAAUAAAUUUAAAGGCCACAAUUGAAAUAUUCUUGAAUUCAAUUUAUUCUUCCAAUAUGAUGCCAAAAAUUGUUGAAAUGAAGUACCCAUUAAAGAAAUACACAGCAGUUGGAGCAUUUAUAUUUUUAAGAUUCUUUAAUCCAGCGAUCGCUUCUCCAGAUAGUGAGAAUCUUUGUAAACCCAUAGACAACCAAAGGGUUCGGCGUGCACUACUGUCUGUUACAAGGGUUAUCCAGACCAUUGCAAAUAAAGGUGCAAAUAAGGGUGUUAGAAAAGAAUCGCAUAUGAGCGAUCUGAAUGAUUUUAUUGUUGAAAAUGGUGCGAAAAUGAAUGCCUUUUUGGAGCGAAUUUCUCAAUUACCAAUAUCUACACCAACUUCUGAACUUAACACCAUUGAUACACCACCGAGAAGACUGGAUGAUGCUGACCGGAGGAUAUUACACAAAUUUUUACACGACAAUCUCGAAAAGAUGUAUAAAGAACUUCAGAAUCGUCGUGCUAAAUCUUUUGGGCUGCCUAAUGAUGAAUUAGCUCAGGCAGCUGCACAAGCAAAUAAAGCAAC